UUUUUUGUGAAUGCUGACAUGAGUCGCCAUCUGUGUUUUUGGCUUUUUAGACAUCUGUCUCUUAAUGGUUACCACCAAUGUCAUAUCCGCCUUCAGUCUCAACAAUUUCGACAGAUACAGCUUGACACGAGGUUGUGCAUUUUUAGACAAAACAAGGAUCCUCUUCUCCAUUCUCUGUCAGAUAAUAUUUUGCCCAAGAGGUACUGUCAUACCAGAAUGCUGUGGAAGCGGAAAGCAGUCCAGAAGUACAUGGAGGACCUCAUUACGGAGUACCAGAAACUUGAUCAGUGUUGGCAGCAUAUCUCUGUGAACACAGGCAAACAACGGGCCUUGAACCAAAGGCAUACUGAGUUGGCGCCACUUGCAGCCAUUUACGAAGAAAUUCAGGAAGCCGAAAAAGCAAUGGAAGAAUUGGAAUCAAUGUAUAAAAGUCUAAAUAAACAAGAUGAAAAGCCGUUACAAGAACUUGCAUUGGAGGAAAAACAAACUAUUGAUGAAAAAAUAAGUAUGUUAUAUGAUGAGCUUUUCCAACGUUUAGUGCCAAAGGAGAAAUAUGACAAAAAUGAUGUGGUGUUAGAGGUAACAUCUGGAAGAACUACUGGAGGAGAUAUUUGUCAGCAGUUUACCCAGGAAAUAUUUGACAUGUAUCAGAAUUAUUCUUGCUAUAAAAACUGGAACUUUGAACUUCUGAAUUAUACACCUGCUGAUUAUGAUGUGAAAGUGGACCUCAAGGAUUUGCGUGUAGAUACAUUUCGAGCGAAAGGAGCAGGAGGACAGCAUGUUAACACAACUGACAGUGCUGUCAGACUUGUCCAUCUCCCCACAGGGUUAGUAGUAGAAUGCCAACAAGAGCGAUCACAGAUAAAAAACAGAGAAAUAGCUUUGCGUGUAUUGAAAGCAAAACUCUACCAGCAGAUUGUUGAGAAGGACAGGUGCCAACAACAAAGUGCAAGGAAACUACAGGUGGGAACAAGAGCCCAAUCAGAAAGAAUCCGGACAUACAAUUUCACACAGGAUAGAGUCACCGACCACAGAAUAGCACAUGAAGUUCGUGGUAUUAAGGAAUUUUUAUGUGGUGAGAAGGGCCUGGAUCAGCUAAUUCAGAGACUACUUCAGUCAGCAGAUGAAGAAGCUAUGGCUGAACUUCUGGAUAAAAACCUUAAAUCAGCAAAAUAA